CCGAGCGGCGGGGCGGUGGUGGCGGGGUGGCCGUGCCCGCCCUCCCGUGCCGCCGCUCCCCUCACGCCGCCCGGCCAAGUUUAAACACCCCCCCAGACCUCUGUCGCCUGAUCGCAGCCUGAGUUCCGGGGAGUUGUGAGGGGCUGUGAUCUGGGUGAGGGACUGCCCGGUGAGGGGAGGCCGUCGGGCAAGGGGCGAGCGACUGCCGAAGGGGGACCCGGCGGGAACGCGCCCCGCCGCCGCCUAUGAGGGCGCCGCGGGGCCGGGCGAGCUAUGGACGGCGGCGGCGGGGCGCCGCCCGCCCUGGAGAAGAACGCGGCGGAGCUGACGGUUAUGGACGUCUACGACAUCGCCUCGGCCGUGGGGCAGGAGUUUGAGCGGGUGAUCGACCAGCAUGGCUGCGAGGCCAUCGCCCGCCUCAUGCCCAAGGUGGUGCGGGUGCUGGAGAUCCUGGAGGUGCUGGUCAGCCGUAACCACAUCAACCCCGAGAUGGAGGAGCUGCGCCUGGAGCUAGACCGCUUGCGCCUAGAGAGGAUGGACCGCAUCGAGAAGGAGCGAAAGCAUCAGAAGGAAUUAGAACUGGUGGAGGAUGUCUGGAGAGGGGAAGCACAGGACCUUCUUACUCAAAUUGCACAGCUGCAGGAGGAGAAUAAACAACUGAUGACAAACUUAUCUCACAAAGACAUUAAUUUCACAGAAGAGGAAUUUCAGAAGCAUGAAGGAAUGUCAGAGAGAGAGCGGCAAGUCAUGAAGAAGCUGAAGGAAGUGGUAGAUAAACAAAGGGAUGAAAUCAGAGCAAAGGACCGGGAACUUGGACUUAAAAAUGAAGAUGUAGAAGCUCUUCAGCAGCAGCAGAACAGGUUAAUGAAAAUUAACCACGAUCUGCGGCACCGAAUCACUGUUGUUGAAGCUCAAGGGAAGGCACUGAUUGAGCAGAAGGUGGAGUUGGAAGCCUAUCUACAAACCAAGGAGCAGGAGAUGGGCAACCUGCGAGCAGAGCUGGGGAAACUGAGAGAAAAGCUGCAGGGUGAGGACAGCCAAAAUGGGGAGGAAGUAAAGGCAGAACCAAAUAAUGAUGACUGCCUCUCAGAGUCAGAAAAGAUGGCAAUGGAUUUGAAAGAUCCAAAUCGCCCAAGAUUCACCUUGCAAGAGCUCCGAGAUGUCCUUCACGAGAGGAAUGAAUUGAAAUCUAAAGUGUUUUUACUUCAAGAGGAGCUUUUGUAUUACAAGAGUGAGGACACAGAAGAAGAAAUUAGACCUCCUCAACCUACACCCAUAAUUCAGUCCAAACCCUCAACCCAGCCUGAAUCUGGAAUCAAACGACUGUUUAGUUUCUUCUCUCGUGAUAAGAAACGUUUGCAGGCAUCACAGAAAAAUGUCCACUUCCAGGAUACUUUUGGAGAAUGGUCAAAUUCAAAUAAAGGUGACUCCUACACUGAACAAGGACAAGAAGCCCUGCAGCACCUGUGACUAAAACCUUGAGGCGUUCAGUUUAUCACAGUAGAUCUCGACACUCUAGUAACAAGAAGCUUCUAUAAACAAAUCUGGCAAGUCAUCACUUUCCUUUGCCUUGCACACCUCAGUGGUUGUGUUCCAGAUGCACUCUUCAAAAGAGAUCUCUCACUGUUUACUUGGGACUGUUGGCUGAAAACAGAAUCCAAGCUUUGUAGGAACAGUCAAUACCCUGGGCCAUCAAAGCUUUUAGAUGACUUGUGCUGAGUAACAAGUCCAUGGUCUUGUCCAUGCAUUAACUACAGCAACACAAGCUUCUUUAAACCAAAAAAGGACAUGUGCCAUUAUCAAGAGUUUGUUUGCAGUGUACAAUAUCUAGUGGCAAAGACUCUUUUACCCUGUUUGUUAACACUAUUGGUUGUUUGCCUUUUAUUUCUGUAAGAAUCUUUUCAAGAGGGAUAUGACAGCUGGUCACACUCCAUGGCAGGUCCCAGGACUGCUGCGUCCUGUUGCGUUCUGCUGGCAUCUGCAUUUUGCAGAGUAACCCCUUGGAACUCCACCUGAUACAAACUGAUAGACUGGAGUAGCCUUGAGAGGGACAGUAAGAGUAACUUUGCCUUGCUGCUGAUAGUGCCUAAAGCAUGAUGAAACUGAUAGAUGAGGUGAGCGUGCCUUGAGUUUUGCCAUGAGUUCUGCAGUAUGAAUGGGAGAGAAAUUGGUUACAAGGAGGAAUUGUAACAUUUAAUAUUUUCCUUCUUGUCAGUAGCAGAGAGCUGCUACAAAGGAAUUGGGUCUUUCCCACAGACAUGUUUUUAAUUAAGUCAUCCUCCACUUUUCUGUCCAGAUGAGACUGCCUAACUUCAGAGUGAAAGACACUCUCAGCUAGCUGACAUGAACUCUUUUCACUGACUUCGAGAUGACUCCCAGCUCAGAACGUUCUGACUAGGUGGGCAGAGUGAAUGAAUCCUAUGUGUGCAGCUGCUCCACUGGUUCUGGCUGAUCUUUAGGGUAGCCUGCAAUUACAGGGGCCUAACCUGCCAGUGAAAACCCUCUACAGCUGAACUGCUGGGUGGUGGGAUGUGGAUCUGUUUGGCAAUUGAGCUUGGGAGGAGACCCCAGGGUCUGCCUGAGGUUGUGCUUACAAAAUCCAUGACACUAAAGCCCAGUGUAGUGUAACUGUUGGGCACCGUGUGGUGUCAGCACACGCCCUGCCCCUGCACUACACACUCCACAUGAGCCAGGCAGGAGAGGGUGAGUGCAUCCACACCUCCUUGUGCAAGGAGCACUAAGGUCUUUGUGAACUGGGGACACGGCAGAAGAGUCCCUGCUGGAGCACCAUAGUUCUGGUGAGGAGUAUCUUCUUAUAAUGAGGCUACAGGUAACUUCUUAGUGCAAGAGGCUGUGAGCUGCUGUUGGCGCGUUGCAACUACACUGCUUGGUAUGCAGUCUCUUCUGAGGAGUGGCACUAAGCAGUAAACAAUGUUCAGGCUGGCAUAAAGCUCCAACUACUCCAGGUACCAAGUGCAGGAAGAAGUCUUGAAGAAUUUCUGCAUGACAGCAAGUGAAAGUACUUAGUGCAGGACAGUUGUUCUUAAUGCAGGCUAAUCCAAGACUUUGGAUUCCUUAAGGUGCACAGGCAGCAAAUGGCUCUUGGCCCAUCUGUGAUGACACUGCCAGGAAGUGGGCUGAAGGCUGCUCUGCUCCUGACAGCAGCUGUGCUGUGUGUUGAACAGGAACCUUCCAUGUGCUCUAGCAAAGUGUUUACUGUGCCUCCCUUGUGUCCCUACAGUUCAGGGCAGGGAAGAAAUGUGGCCUUAUAUGAAAGACACCUGCAUCUGAAAUAGUGAUGGGAUGCUGGUACGGGGCAGUUAUUUUUGCCUGGUUGCCUUUUGGUAACAUGUCCUAAGUUUUAUGCUUACAGAAAGUUGUAUCCAUAAAAGAGCAGCACUUCCCCCUUGUGUGAAAAACUGUUAAAUGGGGAGAGUGUCUUUGUUUCAUGACACAUAAGUGGGUAAGAUCUCGAUUUCACUUCAAUAUUAAGAAAAAAAAAGCACACUACAGUUGUGUCAGGCAAUUAAAUUGUGACUGAUGCCCACUGAGUCUCUCCUAAUGUGGUCUGCAGUCGUUGGACACGUUUACAAGAGAUGCAGAGAUCAGAAUAAGCACAAGAAUGCAGUGGGUGAAGGGCCUGAAUAAGCACAUCACUUCUGAAAUCAGCUGAGAGCAAUGAACUGGGAUAACAGAAACAGCCAGACUCAAAAGAUUUUCCCCAGCACCUAAGCUGGUGUAUUAAAGGGAUGUCUCCUGGUCCAGAGCACACAAAGCUCAUCCUGUGUGCUGCAACCAGCACACUGUAGUCAGAUCUGCACCCAGCUCAAUGGCACUAAGCAGUACAACCUCCUCCCACUCAUCUCUAGCCCAUUACCUCAAGACUCUGAUUACUUCUCCUGCCCUGCUAGCAUUAACACUUCACUCCCUGUGUUGUCAUGUUUGAAAAGCUAAGGUUAUACACUCCAAGUGCCAUCAGAAAGGAUGGUAGGUAGGGAAGAGGAUGUAAAGAUUUGGAGAGAUCAUCUUUUGUUUCUCAACUAAAAUCUCCUUUUCUAAGAAGGGCCAGGAUGUUGACAGGUAAGGGGUGAACAAUCCUGUCUGUGAAGCACAGGAUCACUGGAGUUUUUUGGGUUGAUUUUUGUUGUUGUUAGGCAGUAAAUAAUUUUAACAGUUUAAUAAAUAUUUCUGAAAACCAA